CUCAGCUCUGAACAGGGGAGAGCAGCUGAUCAGCUCAGGCGACAAGUGAAGCCUCACUCAGCCCACUGCCGAGCACAGCAACAAUGAGCCAGGGUCUGCAUGGGAAAAGCCAGCAGCCAGAAGAGGAAGAGGAUGAAGACGAAGAGGAUUAUAUAAUGGGAGUUUCUGAUUGUGGGGAUGGUGAUUGCUUCCUGGAUGGAGCGCCUGGGAGCGAGGAGGAAGAAGUUUUGGACUUCACUGACCCCUUCAGCACUGAAGUGAAGCCAAGAAUUCUCCUGAUGGGACUGCGGAGAAGUGGGAAGUCUUCAAUUCAAAAAGUCGUCUUUCAUAAAAUGUCACCCAAUGAAACUCUUUUUCUGGAGAGUACAAAUAAGAUUUGCAGAGAAGAUGUUUCUAAUAGCUCCUUUGUAAACUUUCAGAUCUGGGAUUUCCCAGGACAAAUUGAUUUCUUUGAUCCAACAUUUGACUAUGAGAUGAUUUUCAGAGGAACGGGAGCACUGAUAUUUGUUAUUGAUUCACAGGAUGACUAUAUGGAAGCCCUUGCUAGAUUACAUCUGACAGUGACAAGUGCAUACAAAGUUAACCCUGAUAUUAACUUUGAAGUUUUUAUCCACAAAGUGGAUGGUCUAUCGGAUGAUCACAAAAUAGAAACUCAAAGAGAUAUCCAUCAAAGGGCGAAUGAUGACAUCACAGAUGCUGGACUGGAGAAAAUCCAUCUCAGCUUUUAUCUCACCAGCAUAUAUGACCAUUCAAUCUUUGAAGCUUUCAGUAAAGUGGUUCAGAAGCUAAUCCCACAGCUUCCUACGCUAGAGAACUUGUUAAACAUCUUUAUAUCUAAUUCUGGGAUUGAGAAAGCAUUCCUAUUUGAUGUAGUCAGCAAGAUAUACAUUGCAACAGACAGUACUCCUGUGGACAUGCAGACCUAUGAGCUCUGCUGUGAUAUGAUUGAUGUAGUUAUCGAUAUCUCCUGUAUCUAUGGGUUGGAGGGAGCAGGAACACCAUAUGAUAAAGAAUCCUUGGCAAUAAUACGGCUUAAUAAUACAACUGUUUUGUACUUAAAGGAGGUGACAAAAUUCCUAGCACUUGUUUGCUUUCUCAGAGAAGAAAGUUUUGAAAGGAAAGGGUUAAUAGACUACAAUUUCCACUGCUUUCGCAAAGCCAUUCAGGAAGUGUUUGAGGUGAGGGUGAAAAUACUUCGAUCCCGCAAACAUCUGAGUAAGAUACGGAAAAACAGAAGAGCAACUCCCAAUGGCACACCAAGAAUUCCAGCAUAGACCCUGAUUACUAAGUACAGAAGUCUGGAGCAAGCCUGAUGGGAACAUAUCUCCUGGGAUAUUUGUAUAUUUAUAUCUUCAUCAUCAGCUUCAACUGUAGAAGGAAGUAACGAUUUUACUGAGCAUCCACCCUUGUUGGUCAGUUAAGAAUUUGCCAGUUCAAUUAAGCUGGACCAAUAAAUAAUGUUUUAAAGUGGUAUUUCUGUACAAGGGCCUAUGGCACAUUGCACUCCAAAACCUUUUAACUUUAACCCCUUAAUGACCACAAUGAACCCUGUAUGUCACUGGUCGUUGAGGGUUUUUUCAGGACAUAAUAGCACAAGUCUAGCAAGAACACACUAUUAAUGCCCUCCCUACAGCAGGCUUUGUGGAAUAGAGCAGUCUCAAUGCUGGUGGCAAGACGGCGUUAUAAAACAAUUAAGUCCCAAAAAAAGGCCAGCGACAUACAGGGUACGUCGCUGGUCCUUAAGGGGUUAAUGACCUUUUUACUGCUCAGGAGUGCAGAUUGUCUGUUUGAACAUAGCAUUAAAUGGUGGGUAUUCUUGUUAACACUUUAAUAAUAAAUAUGUUUUAUCUAGUAAAGCAAACACAAACAUAGCUCUCAUGAUCUACCAGCAGAUCUGGUUUUAACAAUGCUGUUUACAGAUCUUGAAGAGGGUUUUUGGGUAACCCUGGUGUAAAGCAAUAUUAGCAUAUACCGUGUUCAUACUGUUAAAGUAAUGAUAUAACACACUCAAUGUAUUUUACCACUCAGUGCUAUAGAGAAUAAUUUACUAUCAUAAAAUCACUUAAACCAUUUAAUUAGACCUUACUUCUACCAUCAAUUGUUCUAAAUGAUUGGGGCCUGUUAUAAUUUUGUUUAGCACAAGCUUUUCCCUUAGAAUACUUGUUGGUGUGAUAUAUACAUCAUGCUACUCAUAUGCACUUAAUCAAAAGAUUAAAUAUAUUGUUGCAUAGAGGUGAAACCUGUUUGGUACUCUGGUUUACUCAUAAUCUGCAUAUUCAAACUCAAGGAAUCACUGUCUGCUAGUUUAGGUGGUGCAAGUCAUUAAUGCAAAGCAAGUGGUUGUGCAUAUAUAAAGUGCUGUUCAUUAUGGAAUCCUAAACCCACAGGAAGUAAACACAAGAACUGUUGACAGUAUGUUCCUGUCUUACAUUACACCUUUAUUAACUGUAACAAAAUGGGCACUGUACCCAGUUCUUUACCAUUGUUAAGUGUGCACGUUGUUACUGGGUCUAUGCAAACCCUACGUCCAUAAUCAAGCAACAAAUUUAACAGUACCACUCGUUUGCUUAAACCGGACUCAUAGCCUCUUUAUUCAGUAAUAAUGCAUAGUACAGCAGCAUUUCAGGCUAUAGCAAGCCCUUAAUCAUGCUUCAUUCAUUGUGACAUAAACCACUUAUAAAGCCUUGUUGAAAAUGACAAAAUCAGCUGUUCACAGAAAUUCUGUAAAAGGCUACUAUAUAGUCAUCUAGUGGGCAAAUUCCAAAUUACAGUUUCAUACACGUUACUUGAAAUUUGUCACUUUUUCAAAUUGAAAAAAACCCAAUUUUUUUUAUAAAAACAAAUGUAAAUCAAAUUCAGAUCAAAAAUGUAAAUUCAGAGCCUUUGAAUGAAGUGUAUCUAUUUUUUUGAUCCAAGAGGUUUGUCGAAUAAACAAAUUAGAUACUUAUAAAGGUUUGAUUUACAUUUGUUUUUUAUAUUUUGAGCAUUUUUGCAAUUAAAGUGCUGUGGUGAAAUGAAUAACUAUAUAAAAUAAUUUUCUUUCCUAAGAUAUGGUGAGUCCACAGCAUCAUCAAUUACUGUUGGGAAUACCACUCCUGGUCAGCAGGAGUAGGCAAAGAGCACCACAGCCAGGCUGUUAAGUAUCACUCCCCCUCCCACAAACCCCAGUCAUUCUCUUUGCCGCUGACAAUGUAGCCAAGUCUUCUGGCUUCGCGGUACUAGCCCGCAGCGCUUGGUGGCUGAAGUCCUGGUUUAAUCUAAGGUAAAGCUUCUGGUGAUUCCUUACAAGGGUAAGACCUUGUUUGAAUGGAUAUGAGAUGUCCCAGAUCCUUUGGCUGUGGACAUAGUAUCUCAGGGUUAGAACAUAGGAUUCAAGACCUUUCCUCCCAGGGGCAGGUUCCUCCUCUCAAGGUUAUCUGCAGACCAGAUGAGAAGAGAGGCAUUCUUGAAAUGUGUACAGGAUCUCUCCUCCCUGUGAGUGAUAGUUCCAGUCCCAGUACAGGAUCAGGGCCUAGGCUUCUAUUCCAAUCUGUGGUUCCCAAAAAAGAGGGAACUUUCAGACCUAUUCUAGAUCUAAAGUGUCUAAACAAGUUUCUUAGAAUGCCGUCCUCCAAGAUGGAGACUAUCCGUUCCAUUCUUACUUUAGUGCAAGCGGGUCAAUUUAUGACGACUAUAGACCUUGUUUCCUGCACUCAUGUGAAUUACUUUUUACCAAAUAAAGUUAAUAUUUUUUUACGGCAACAGGAUCUUCAUCAUCUUUUCUUGAUAUUACUUAUACACAAGCUGGGAGGAGCUCAUGUUUUGGAUCCUCGCUAUUUUGACCGAGACGACACCAGGCUGCCUAGGUGUUGAGAAGUUAACCUACAAAGGAAACCCUUAAGCCAUAGUUGAGACGGACAGCGAGGAAUAUUGAAGCCAACAGCUGGGGUAAGAGUUACACACAGAUAGCAGCAUCCGUAGACACGGAAGUGGAAAACAGGUGCUGUACUACAACUACUGAAGUGCGCAGGACAUGGUCCAACCCCAGGUAGGAGCCGGUAAAGCAGAGUGGGGGCGUGCGCUCAGAAGCCUCGAUGCAAUGGUAGUAUAUGGAAGUAGUACCUGUACCUUAUUCCUGUAUGUGCUAAUAUAAUUGUGUAUCCCCUUAUUCUGUUGGUCUCCAUGGGACAUUAACUGUCUCCGUCUUUGGGUCUAAUAUAACCUGGAUCAUUAGCUUAUACUUAUGCUUAUACAGAUAAUGCAGAUAUGAGCUCUUAUUGCGGACUGUGUGGGCUUUUUGGAUUCUCAGAGUACCGUCCUUCAAGAUGGAAACUAUCCAUUCCAUUAUUUCUUUAGUGCAGGAGGGUCAGUUUAUGACGAUCAUAGACCUGAAGGAUGCAUACCUUCAUGUUCCCAUUCACAGGGAUCAUUUUAAAUUUCUGAGAUUUGCCUUUCAGGACAAACACUUUCAGUUUGUGACUCUUCCGUUUGGCCUUGCCACAGCUCCCAGAAUUUUCUCAAAGGUUCUGGGGGCUCUCUUGGCAGUGGUCCGGUUUUGGGAAAUUGCAGUGGCUCCCUACCUGGAUGACAUAUUGGCACAGGCGUCAUCUUUUCACAAACAAACUCAUACAGAGAUCUUGUUGUCUUUUCUACCUUCCCAUGGAUGGAAAGUGAAUCUGGAAAAGAGUUCCCUUGUUCCAGCUACAAGGGUAGUUUUCUUAGGAACCAUAAUAGACUCCCUAUCAAUUAAAUUUUUUUUGACAGAGGUCAGAAGGUCCAAAAUUCUUUUCUCUUGCCUCUCUCUACAGUCUACUGUUCGACCAUCAGUGGCUCAAUGUAUGGAGGUAAUUGGUCUGAUGUUGCUUCCAUGGACAUCAUUUGUUUUGCUCGAUUCCAUUUGAGAGCUCUGCAGUUAUGCAUGCUCAGGCAAUGGAAUGGGGACCAUGUGAAUCUGUCUCAGAGGGUAGAUCUAGAUCAGUCGACAAGAGAUUCUCCCGUGGUGGCUUUUUCAGGAACAUAUGUCUCAGGGAACAUGCUUUCAGACACCUUCCUGGGUAAUUGCUCCCCAGCACAGCAGGCUGGCAUCCUUGGUCACAGUCUGGGACUCGUUAAAGGCACAGGGAUUUGGGAGGAGUCUGCUCUCCCCAAAAACAUCUUGGAGUUGAAAGUGAUUUACAAUGCGCUGAUGGCUUGGACUCAGCUGUCCUUAGCCCAAUUUAUCAGAUUGUAAUCAGACAACAUAACCUCAGUGGCUUAUAUCAACCACCAGGGAGGAACUCAGAGUUUCUUAGCCAUGAAGGAGAUGGAUGGACUUAAAGUUUUGCAGCAGGCUCCAUUUGAGCCGAUGCAUUCCAUAGAUAUUAAGUUAUCUUGGAAGGUUUUGUUUCUUAUUGCUAUCUCUUCUGCUAGGAGAGUCUCAGAACUCUCAGCUUUGCAGUGUGAUUCUCCUUAUCUUUUUUUUUCAUGCUGAUAAGGUGGUUUUUCGUAGGUUUCCUUCCUAAAGUUGUUUCGGAUAGAAAUAUUAAUCAGGAAAUUAUUAUUCAUCUCAGAAGGAACGUUUGUUGCACAACCUGGAUGCUGUGCAUGCUCUUAAGUUCUAUCUACAGACGACUAAGGAUUUUCGCCAGUCUUCUGCCCUAUUUGUCUGUUUCUCUGGGAAAACUUGAGGUUAGAAAGGUACUGCUACUUCUGUUUCUCUCUGGUUGAGAAGUAUGAUUCAUUUGGCUUAUGAGACUGCUGGACAGCAGCCUCCUGAGAGAAUUACGGCUCAUUCCACAAGGGCUGUCUCCUCUUCUUGGGCUUUCAAAAAUGAAGCUUCUAUCGAACAGAUUUGCAAAGCUUCCCUCUUUUUUUUGGGAACCACGAACAGAUUGGAAUAGAACCCUAGACCCUGUUACUGUACUGGAACUAUCACUCCCAGGUAGGAAAGAUUCUGUAUACAUUUCAAGAAUGCCUCUCUUUUUAUCUGGUAUGCAGCUAAUCUUGAGAGGUGAAACCUGCCCUUGGAAGGAAAGGUAUUGAAUUCUAAUUUGUAACCCUGGGAUACUAUGUCCACGGAUCUGGGACAUCUCAUAGCCAUGCUUGAGAAAACUGAGAAAGUCUGCCCCCCACUUGAUCUGAUCCCGGAUCGGGGGUAACCCCUUCAUGGGGCUACUUAGACUCGGCUGCGAGCUUCUUAGAUUGCUUCGCCUUGUUCCAAGACUAGCUGGGUUUCCAAGAAGGUUUAAACUGUUCCUGCUUGGCAGAGGAGGGGGAAGACUUACCUCUGAAGUUACAAAAGGAACGAAAAUUACUCUGACGUCCUUUCUGCGUAUUCUUCUUAUCUUGUGGCAGAAAAGACCAUUUAUCACCCGUGAUAUCGGAAAUAAUUUCUGCCAAACCCAGUCCAAACAAGGUCUUACCCUUGUAAGGAAUUGCCAAAAGCUUAGCCUUAGAGAAAACAUCUGCUGACCAAGAUUUCAGCCAUAAAGCUCUACGCGCCAAUAUCGCGAAACCAGAUAUUUUGGCUCCCAAUUUAAUGACCUGCAAUGAGGCGUCAGUGAUAAAGGAAUUGGCUAACUUAAGGGUCUUAAUCCUAUCCUGGAUCUCUGCCAAAGGAGUCUGUGCUUGAAGAGACUUAGACAAUGCAUCAAAACAACAAGCUGCCGCACUUGUCACGGUAGCAAUACACACCACAGGUUGCCAUUGGAGACCUUGAUGAAUAUACAUAUUUUUCAAGUAAGCCUCCAGCUUCUUGUCCAUUGUUUCCUUGAAAGAGCAGCAAUCCUCAAUAGAAAUAGUAGUUCUCUUGGCUAGAGUAGAAAUUGCCCUUUCCAUCUUGGGCACCGUCUGCCAUGACUCCAUAAUGGAGUGAGCCACUGAAAACAUAUUUUUAAAAACCAGAGAAGGGAAAAAAGGAAUUUCAGGUAUUUCCCAUUCCUGAGCAAUAAUCUCCGUAGCAUGGUCUGGCACAGGAAACACCUCCACAGAGGAGGUCAAAGUAUCUAUUUAAUUUGCUAGAUUUCUUAGGAUUGACUACGACAGGAGUAUCGGAGUCAUUCAGGGUAGCCAAAACCUCCUUUAACAAAACACGAAGGUGUUUAAGCUUAAAUCUAAAGAAUACAACUUCAGCAUCAGAAGAAGGAAUUAUACUGUCCAAAUCUCACCCUCAGAGGCUACCGACGUUAUCUCGGGACUGGAUCAGAAACCUUACUAUCUGAUUAUCUAAAUUUCCUCUUGCGUCUUCCCUGUAGCAUGGGAAUGGAAGCUAAUGCCGAGGAUACCUGGGCAGCAAUUUCUGCAUGCAAAUAGACUCCUCCAGGUGAGAGGAACCACAGGGCACUGCAUGUGACGUUGUUAAGGCUUGGGACGUUUGAGGAGAAAUCUGUGGCACUGCCUGAACAGCAUCAACCUGAGAGAGUGGUGGCUCAGCAACAAAAAAGUCUAUCUUUAUACAUUAAUGUCCUUUCAAUACAAGAAGAACAAAAGGGCAAAGGAGGUUGAACUUGGUUAUCUAGACAAAACUUGCAUUCAGCAGAAGGCACAAACUCUUGGUCCAUAUUGCAAUUAAAAUUUACAGCACAUACAAUAAAAAAAAUAUUUUAACACUGUUCCUUUAAGAGCAUUCGUUCCCAAAGUAAUCAAAGACCGUCAGACAGGACUAGAUGAUAUAAUCUUUUAAUUGACCAAUUUGUUUUGUAUGUCAAAUUAAUGCCAAUACCUCCCUCUAAACGGAGAAAUUAGAUAAGGACAAAAACACCUCUACACCUCAGCGUUAUUAAUGAGGUGCCUACCUGCCCCCUCUGCACUCCGGAAUCAAAAAGCGACUCAGUUCUUCAAACAUAGCAGCUCCGGAUGAUCUCUGCAGAGGAAUUUCGUGAAAUACCUCUUCCAUUAUAAACUGCGCCACAACAGUAAAGCCACGCACUUUUAGAAAGAAAUACUGCCUCUGAGAAGGCUCCGCCUCUCUUCUGUAUGUCGCGGUCCUGGCGGCCAUUACGUAAAAUAUUGAUUGGAACUCUGUUCCGUUAAGGCUUUAGGAGUUGACAUUUCCUAAACAGAGACACGUAAUGCACCCAUCCGUUUCUCUAACCGGAUUCCCAGGGAUAAAUAAAAACUACUGAGCCACCAGUGAUUCUAACACACAUUACAGAAUAACUUCUCUAAGCCACAGUGCCUGCUCCCUUUAUUAUUAUAAGUCCUGCUUGUUAAUACAGAAAUGUAGUCCUAGAUAAGUGCAGAUUAUUCUGCUUUAGUGCCAGUGUUCUGUUCCAAAAAGAAAAAUGGCACUUACCUGCACCUCUGGCUGUCUGACAGGAGGACAACUCACCCGGCAUGAGAGGAAGCCACUCCUCACAGAAACCUGUGAAAACAAAGGACAGAGUAAACCUACUCUGGGCUUCUAUACAAGGAAAUCACAGUGAGCCCCCCCUCACAUGUUCCUAACUGCUUGAAAGCUACCACUGCCCUACUGAUGAGACUAGCGUGGAGUACAGCUAGACCCAAUCUUGAGAUGAAAGAUCAGAGCAAACCUACUCUGGCUUUUUCAAAAUAAUACAAUCGUGAUUGAAGAAAAAUCUUUUACAGACACCAAAACUUCACCUCCUCCUUGCACUGAAGGCAAAGAAAAUGACUAGGGUUUGUGGGAAGGCGAGUGGUACUUAACAGCUUUGCUGUGGUGCUCUUUGCCUCCUCUUGCUGGCCAGAAGUGAUAUUCCCAACAGUAAUUGAGGACGCCGUGGACUCACCAUAUCUUAGGAAAGAAAAGCAAUCAUCAGCAUGAUGGACUGGGUGAAUAGUUCUCUUGUUUUCUAACUGCCAUGUAAAUAUUUUCUGUAAUGUUAAUCAGUAAACCUAUAGAUAUUUUGUCAAAAUAUAGGCAUCGACUUUUAAUAUCACUUAUACAACUGUUUCUACUAAGUUUUUUUUGUGUGUAAAGUUGCUGUGCGUUAAAUAACCAUAUUUAAAUUUAUGUAAUGAUAAAUUAUAUUUUUACCAA